CUCCCCUCAUGGCUCCUCCUCUUCCUCCCCCCGCCGCGCCCUCUCCCACCCCCUCGGCCCCGGCGAUGGCGGCGGGCGAGGAGGCGCCGGGCGCCCCAUGAGGAGACACAAAUUAGAAAAAAGCCCAGGAGCAAACCCCACCAUGCACCCCGACUGCGCCCAUCUCCACAGCAUCCAGGGCAGCGGCGAUGACUCUUCCUCCUCCUCCUCCUCGCCCAGGCUGGCGGGAGACGGCACCGGGGACGUGCGCAUCCAGCUGAGCUCCAGCGCGGGGGAAUCCAGGGAAAACGCGACCUCGCGGGCCUCCAGGCCGGGCUCCCAGAGCCGCUCCCACGGGCACGCCCAUGGCGAGGCAGGAGGGCCCGAGGAUGCGGCUGCGGAGCCGGAGGAGCAGGGCGGGAGCUCCCUGUCGGAGCUGCGGUACCUCCUGCAGUGGCUGCACAAGAGCCUGCCCUACCUCCUGAUCCUCAGCGUCAAACUCCUCAUGCAGCACAUAACUGGCAUUUCUCUUGGAAUUGGGCUGCUAACAACUUAUGCGUACGCAAACAAAAGCAUAGUAAAUCAGGUUUUUCUCAGAGAACGGUGCUCCAAGUUGCAAUGCUCUUGGUUACUACUCUACCUAAGUGGAUCAUCUCUCCUCUUGUAUUACACCUUCCACUCUCAGUCCCUGUAUCACAGCUUAAUCUUCUUAAGCCCCACUGUGGAUUUUAUGAACUUUUGGGAGGUGCUUUGGAUUGUGGGAGUCACAGAUUUUAUUCUGAAAUUCCUCUUCAUGGGCUUGAAGUGCUUUAUUCUCCUGGUGCCUUCUUUUAUCAUAUCCUUUAAAUCCAAGGGCUACUGGUACAUGCUGUUAGAAGAACUCUGCCAGUAUUACCGUAUGUUUGUCCCCAUACCAGUUUGGUUCCGUUACCUCAUGGCCUAUGGGGAGCUGGACACUGCACUGGGAUGGACCCUUGGCAUUCUCCUGGGCCUUCUCUACCUCAUCCUCAAGCUUUUGAGCUUUUUUGGACAAUGGAGGACCUUCAGGCAGGUCUUAAGGAUAUUUUUUACACGCCCACACUAUGGGGUGCCAGCCAGCAAGAGACAGUGCUCUGAAUCUGAUGAUAUUUGUUCCAUUUGCCAAGCUGAAUUUCAGAAGCCUAUUCUGCUGAUCUGUCAGCACACAUUUUGUGAAGAAUGCAUCUCUUUAUGGUUUAAUAGAGAAAAAACCUGUCCACUCUGCAGAACUGUUAUUUCAGACCAUGUUAACAAGUGGAAGGAUGGAGCCACAUCUAUGCAUCUCCAGAUUUUCUAAAGCUUGUCAAACAACUUGGGUUCCAGUUUGUUUGUUCACACUAAGGUUUUUCAGUUUACUGCAGAUUAAACUGUAGGUGGCACAAGGAAGGAGUUUCCAAAUUCCACAUACCAUGUAUUUAAAACAGUGCAGAAAAUGGCAACUUGACCUUUUUUAAGUAGAGAAAACUGAAGUUUUCAGAAAGAAUGCAGAAAAAGCCAGCAUUGCUUCUCUUGUGAUUCUCAUAGGAAACAGUCAAAUCCUUGAAAUGUGCUGCAUUACUUCUUAAUUCAACAUUUUAUUUUAAAAGUUCAGUAGGGUUCCAGACUGUACUAAACUGUAUUUAUCUUUCUAACAUGACUCAAACCAAAAGGUCAACCUACUGAUUUUAUUAAAAUUAUUGGCAAAUUUUAUACUCUGGACUACAGUGAGAAUUAGAGCUGUUUGUCACUCUUGGCAUUGAAGAUCUUUAAUGCUUGCCCAGUAAAUGAGAGAAAUGAGCUUUUUAAUGCACCUGGAACAGCAGCUAUUUCUCACUGGACCUGUAGAUAAGCACAAGAAUAAGGUAUUUCCCCUUUAGGUUCUUGUAUGCUUCUAAUGGAUCCUUGGCUUAAUCUUUUGCCUUUAAACCAACCACUGAUGUUAGUUUUUUACUUAGCAUUUUAUAAAGCUGGUAUUUUUAAAAGAAAUCUUUAAUACUAUAUUUUUGUCAUAAUAGGAACCAGAUUUUCUUACAGGGGAGAAUCUAUUUUAUACUCUAUUUGCAAUUUGUAGUUUGCAUAAAAAUCAGAGAGAAUAAAUGCAUUUGAAUCUAUAUGUUGAAUAAAGGAAGAAGAUUCCUUGUUGUUUUGGUAUUAACUCAUGUAAGCACAUAACAACUGCUCACUGCCAUGUAUACUUUUCUUGUUGAAGAAAACAAGAACCCUUUAAAUGUUACAAUUUAUUCAUGAUUUUUUAUGUUAUUUCUACCAUUAAUUUCUGUGUAACUUCACUUUAUUCCUUGAUUUUUUUCCACUUUGCUAUUCAGGUAAGACUGAAAAUCUAACUCAAAUGAUUCUGUUACAGGAAAGUUACAUUUAGUUACCAUUAACUUGAGCUUUUUUUGCCUGAAGACAUUUAGGAAACUUGUAAAUUCAGGAAAAACAAUUAGAAAGUGAAACACUUACUUGAAUACCCUAAAGGUACUGCUCCAAGGGCAGAAUCCAGUAUUCAGAAUAAAAGUCUAAUGAGAUGGAAGAUUCAAGCUAAGAAAUAUCAUUACAUCUGGCCUGUAAAGAUUAUUUUAUGGAGCACAACAAAGGGUUAGUGCUUUAAAUCAACCCUGAUUCUUUGGUCUUUGUCUACAACAUUGUAGUAACUGCAGUAAGUGUGGAGAUAGGUCAAAAACAGGGAUCAGGGAACAAUUUCUCUUCUUUCUCUCUUUCUGUUGAUUUUUCCAUCUAAACCCAGUAAUAUUAACAAACAUGUUUAAUUAAAAAACCAAGAAUAAAAAAGAGAUUUUGGUCAA